AUGGAGCCAGAUCAGCCUGCGAUGACAGCGUCGAAGGCAGACCAUCUCUGUGUCUUAGCCCAUGGGCUCUGGGGAAACCCCUCUCAUAUGGGCACCAUCGCUUCCGCUUUGAGGGAACGAUACGACGAGAAUCGAUUACACAUCCUCGUUGCGGAGUGCAACUCAGGCAAUCUCACAUACGAUGGGAUUGAGGUAUGCGGAGAGCGACUCGCGCAUGAGAUCGAGGAAACAUUGAGUCAAUUGGAAGCCGAUGGGCACAAGAUUCGGAAACUGAGCGUCGUUGGAUACUCCCUUGGAGGUUUGAUAGCCCGAUACGCGCUGGGUUUGCUGUACGCCCGCGACUGGCUGGACGAAAUUGAGCCAGUCAACUUCACGACCUUCGCGACGCCGCAUCUCGGAGUUCGGGCGCCAGUAAAGGGAGCACAGGGUCUAUUCUUCAACGGGUUGGGCUCUCGGACGGUAUCGGUUUCUGGGAAGCAGUUGUUCUUGACUGAUACUUUCCGUGACUCAGGAAAGCCAAUGCUCCGUGUCUUAGCAGACCCGGAUAGCAUUUUUAUCCGAGCGUUGGCGAAGUUCAGGCACCGUUCUGUCUAUGGAAAUGUGAUUAAUGACCGCACCACGCCGUUCUAUACCACGAUUUUCUCAAGCGUCGACCACUUUCCAGACCCGGAGAACGUGAAUCCCAACUAUGUGGAAGGGUACGGCCCAGUCGUGGUUGAUCCAAACGUUUAUACCCUUCCAUUAGAAGAGAAAGAACAGCUGCCUCUUUUGUCUCGGGCGUGGCAGAGCAUUCGAAACUUUUUCGACAAACUUCCGUUUUGGCUCUUCUUCACCCUUUUUGUAAUCAUUGCAAUACCGCUCUUCCUCAUUUAUGCCGUAUUCCAAACCUUCCGCAGCCGAAAGCGAAUACAUGUACAUGAAGAGGGCACUGGAGAUACUUUCCGGCGGUACCGUAUGCCUGUUGCCGUCAGAAGGGUCCAAAAUGCGAUGGACGAAAUGUUUGAGGGCGCAGCUGCAAGGCAGCAUCCUGACUAUCUCUCCUCGAGCGCGGCACCUUCAGACCUGGAGGGACAGCCAGAACUCCCUACCGACAAACCAAAAUCAGCGGGGGGAGAAUCAACCGGGACAUCCUUUGCAGAAGGCUCAACUGACCAUGCGAACGGAAUAGCAAAGGUUGCGACUGACGGCACUGUCAAUGGGGGAAAGCGACCCACUCUCGCCCUUACGCCAGAUCAAUUCUCCAUGAUCAAGUCCCUCAACGCCGUCGGUUUCCGCAAAUACCCAGUCUAUAUCCACAACCACAGACGGACUCACGCGGCGAUCAUAGUUCGGUCUGACAAGCCAGAAUGGAAGGAAGGUCACAUUGUAAUCCAGCACUGGCUUGACCAUCAAUUCGAACUAUGA